ACAAGGAUAAAUUAUCACUCUAGUUGUUAGAAGUAAGCGAUGUUGUGAAAAGAAAGGAAACCACUUCAACCUUCAAAAAGGGUUGAAAAUUCGAAUCAAGAAGAAAAAGAAGAAGCAAGCGAUGAAACGACGUUAACGGAUCCUUACUUUUUUUUUUGUUAGCGUUGUUACACUUCAAAUAUGGUUGUCUAUUGAAUUAAUGUUUAGUGAAGUUUUUUUUAUAUAUUAUACAAUUCGAAGAAUGGAUCUUUGCGAAUGGCGAGUUGCUGGAUGAACGCAGAAUAUGCAAUCAACGAAAUAAAGACGCUUUGCGGUUGUUGACUUUUUUAACGCCAUUUGCAUAGAGAAUUCACUCCCGAUGUUCAUUUCUACCAAGAUAAAUAGAUCAAUUUUAAUCUCGAUUUAAUUUAUUUUUUAUGUUUUUUAAUUUUAUGAAUUACACCCAAUUUUUUCAUUAUAUUUAGUUAAUUUUAAUCUCAGUACAAUUUACUUUUUCUCCAUAAUCCAUAAAAUUAAAGAAAGAUACAAAUUAAGUUAAAUCGAAAUUAGAAUUAAUCUACAUCGGUAGAAAAGAGCAUUAGAAAAAGAUAGAGUAAAUUAAAUCAAGAUUAAAAUUAAUAGAUAUCGAUAGAAAUGGAUACGAGGGAAAUUGACGCUUCACGGACUGCCACGGGCGCUUUCAAAGAUUUAAAGAUAUCUGAGAAUUCUGCGGACUCCAGUCUUGACGAUGAGAAGGAGGAAGGAAAACAGAGGAUACGCGACGACAGAUCGAGCGGAAUAGCAAGAUGUUUGAAGGUGCUCUUCUGUUGCGUGAAACGCGAGUCAUCCGUGGAGGAAAUUGAGUACGAUCCUGACGAGUAUGAUUACAUCGUCGAGAAGCUCGUUGUGAGACGUGUACCACUUGCACUCUUCGCAAUACCGGCCGAUCUCAUGGAUCGGCGCAGAUUCGGUGUAACAAAUCAUUCUUCACGAUCGACGUUCUCGUCCUCAUUCAGUAGAGACGCACAAAACACCGCGCGAGAAAUGCCGCAUCUUGUCAGGAUUGCGUGCGAUUCUGCGACGAACAAAGCCUUGCUUUGUAAAGAUAAAUGUCAAGACCCGAUUGAUGGAAGCUAUCAAGAGAAAUAUUCGAUUCGACGUGAGGGGAUUCUGAGUAGAUUCAGUGCUCUGUAUCCGGAUUUGAAGUCUAAGAGUCCUCUCAAAGAUCCUCUGAAUUUUUCACAGGGCGGACGGCUAUUCACGGAGGAUUUCUCUGAAAUAUCAUCCAGCACGAGAACUGAUGUUUCCUCCAGAACAACGUCUUCCAUGGCCGUCUCAAACGAUGCUCCAAUUCGAGAUGAUUUUAUUUGUCGCAAAUCAACUGAUUCUCUUUUCAAAUUUGCGAAAAAAACGAAUGAUAAAUCGCGAGCAAAAAAGAAUGAUGCAGUGCAAGAUGUAUCCAGAAAAGAGCAGGAUAAAUUCAUUCCUAAACGAAUCCAAAAAUACGUAGUAUUACCGUUUCAAGUGCGAAGAGGUUCUUUCGACCCUGCGAAAUCGAAGGCUAUCAUCGGAGAUCUUGGAGUAGACGGCAAAUCGUUAUCGUAUGUCGACGAAUUUGUGAAGAAUAAACCCUCGGAGUCAACAGAGUCAACAGAGAAUGUGAAAAAUCGCGACUUGGGGUCAAAUACAGCAGUUAGAUGGCGAAUUACCAUUAAACGCCAACGCGCGAACGCGAUUCCUGAACACGUCGUUUCCGAGGAAUGCUUUUUUUUCAAGCCACGUUUUCUAGAAGGAAAAAUGCAAUGAGAACCUAAUCUCCA